GCAAUUUCAAGAGAAAGAGGGUCAGUUAAAAGCUCAGUUACAUACAUUGAUGACGUUAUUACCCACGUUACAUGUCCACUUUAUGACGUCUGCUGCUUUCUCCAGUUCUGCUAACAGAUUUGAAUUUCUUGAUCUAGCUUACGUAAUGAUGGGACGACUUAAAGCUAUCACUAGACAGCCCCACCCCCUCCAUCCUCUACAAACUAGUAUUAUAGAUACAGAUUUUAAAGGUCAAUUCGCCAGUUUUUGUGCCCAAUGUCUUCGUGGGCGAUGUACUGAUAGUAGAAUGACCUGCCCCUUAUGUGGGGCUGUGACAACAUUAAAAGAUGGAGCCUCUCUCCCAGCAGCUGAUUUAUUAUUAAAAUUCAUGGUAGAAUCUUCGCUAGAUGAGAGAGCUCAAUGUGCUAACUGUGAUAAUGAUCUGUUAGUAAAAUGUGAGAAGUUAAAGAUAAGAGUUCAGGAAUUACAAAGAGAUUUGACCCUACGGCGCUGUCUGACCAGGAAUGAUGAUGUUUCAACUAUAAGAUGUAAUAUAGAAGAGAUAGAUAAACACCUAGCUAAUCAUUACAGUAACAUAGAUAAUAAACAAUCUACUCUACAAGAGCAUUGGGAAGACAGUUUACAGAGAAUAGGUAAUGAACAGGAACUUUACCAAGCCCAGCUUCAAGAUAUUACUCGUCUCCAACACGAAUGUCAACAUCUUAAUACAAUAAUGAAACAACUAUCAUCGUUCGUGUUGUCUAUAACAGCUGUUACAGAGAGAAUUGAUCCCAAGCUCAGUCACGUUGAACAAGAUAAGAUGCAUGCCUUACUAGAGGAGAUUAACGCUGUACAGCCAGACUCUCAACAAAGAGUCUGGCAUUUUUACACCUCAGCAUGGGUCAGGAUAGUUUCAAACUUUAUUUCUAAUUUGGGUGUCCAGGAAGCUCAGAGAAUAAGACAUUCAUACAUCUAA